CAACUGGGCACAAAAUGAGCCACACAAUAGCAAAACUUGUGCUACUGUCUAUUACAACAACAUAAAGUUCUAUGGCCACCGGUGUGAUGGAUAUUUUUUCUUCUUUUGUCAUAAGCACCCCUUCAAUCCUUUCAAAUACACUUUUGUACCAAAGUCACUGUCAUGGUCUGAUGCCCGGCGGUACUGCCAGAGUCUGUUAGGUGAUCUGGCAACUUUCACACACAUCUCCUUUGUGAGCUCAGCUGUCUAUCAUCGGGACUUUCCAGUCUGGACUGGACUGCACAGAGAUGGGGGAACAUGGAAGUGGAGCGCCGGGGUGUCGGAGUACAGAAAGUGGGCAUCAGAUGAGUCAGGGAACAACGGAGACUGUGUCACCAUCUCCUCUACAGAGAAAAAGAUGGCUACCCAGGACUGCUCUGCCCGGUUUCCCUUUGUCUGCCUCAAGGACAACUUGGUUCUGGUGAAGGAGAACAAGACGUGGGAGGAGGCGCUGGAGCACUGCCGAGCCCUACGGUCACCCACCUAUUACCACCUUCGCUACGAGCUGGUCAGUGUGCAACCUGGACAAGACCAUAGCUACAUCAUAACCAGGAUCAUGGAGGCCGACACUGAGGAGGUGUGGGCAGGCCUGCGUUUCCUGGCCGGUCAUUGGCUGUGGGUGAACUCUGUGAGUAUGUCGUACUCUGAUCUGCCCGUCUGCCCCUCCGAGGGGCAGCACUGUGGAGUCUUAUCCAAGAAUGACACGGGCAGUAUGGAGAUCAUAGACUGUGCUGAGAGAAGGAACUUCCUGUGCUAUAGUACAUCCUGACAUCACUACCAUCGUCUGCAUCAGAGGUUUAUAUUCACGUGCUGUUCAAGUUGAUAGUUUAGUCUUUGAAUACAUUAAUGGAACAUGUAUCAUACUAAGGAACAACAAAUGUUUUAUCAAGCUUUAUGAUAAACUUUGACUCAACCCUCUUUAAUAAGUAAGCAAUACUCAACAUGGCCUGAGGACCAAAUCUGGCCCCCAAUAGGGUGCUGAGUGGCCCUGCAACCAUUUUCUAAUUCACAAUAAAAAUAAACUAAGUCACACAGGGAAUUGUUUUGGUACUUUUAACAUACGUAAGGUGCCAGAGUGCAAAAAAAAGCAUCAAAAUAGAGCUUGUUUAUCCAAAAAAAUUGCCGAUGGAGGAUCCCUCACCCCCGAUAGA